AUGACGGACACCUCCCUCUUGGUUUGGAAUGUGCGCGGAGUUGGCAACCCCCGAGCUCAACGAGAGGUACAUUGGCUCUGCAAGCAGCACCGUAUCCGCAUUCUUAUUCUUCUGGAGCCUAUGGUUUUUGCGGAUGUUGCUUUCUUUUGCCGGCGUUUUGGCUUCUCCCAGAUGCUUACCAACGCGGUCAAUUCUAUCUGGAUUCUUGCUGAUGACUCCUAUAAACUGGAGCCUAUUUCGGAGAUCGAUCAGUGUCUUCAUGUGCAGGUUUCGUCUCCGCAGCACCGCCGGCCCUUUUUCCUAUCUGGGAUCUAUGCGCGAUGUUCUGUCACCCAGCGUCGUGCCCUCUGGUCUUUCCUACAGGACACAGCGGCCUCGUCAUUGGGGUCUCCUUGGCUUAUUGGUGGCGACUUUAAUGCCAUCGCUGACAUAUCUGAACGGAAGGGCCCAGGUCGCCCUAAGUUGCGAUCUAUUCAGGAUUUCUCAGCGGCUAUCCUUGAUGCGAAUCUUAUUGAUGCCGGUUUUGAAGGCUCCCCCCAUACAUGGACAAAUCGACGAGUUUGGGAGCGCCUGGACCGCAUUCUCUACAACACUGCCUGGGAGGAUUUCGCUGAGACGACUCGUGUCAGACACCUCCCGCGGAUGCAUUCGGACCACGCCCCGCUCUUGGUCCGAUUCUCGCAUGAAAGACACCGCCUUGCCUCUGCAUUCCGGUUUCAGAACAUGUGGACCAGACACCACACUUUUCAGGACCACGUCCGCCAGAGUUGGGUUGUCCCGACGGGCACCACCGGUCUCCUCAACCUGCGACUGAAACUUGGACGACUCAAACAGGCUCUGAAGUGGUGGAACAAACAGGUAUUUGGGAAUGUUUUUCAGGUAUUGGCAGCAGCAGAAAAAGACGCAGAGGAGUGUGAAGCGGAGUUCGAUCGGGAUCCCUCUGAUGCCAACCUCCUCCGCCGUCAGCGUAGCGCUGCGGCUUUGACGCAUGCGAUUGCACUAGAGGAGGCUUACUGGAAACAGAAAGCAGCCUGUCGGUGGGCGGUCGAGGGAGAACGGAACUCCCGUAUGUUCCAUUCCAUGGUGAAGGAACGACGCCGGCGGGCGACAAUCUUCUCGAUGGCUGACGGUGCUCGUACCCUCACUGAUCACUCAGAUAUUAAGCAGUCAGCCAUUACCUACUUCUCUGGGAUGUUGGGACAGCCUGAUGAUGCCGACACAUCGGAAAUGGAUGCCUUAGCAGACCCCCCGCCCCAGGUUCCGCCAGCCGAGUGCACUCGGUUGCUUGAACCGCCUACACUUGCGGAGAUUCGUGCUGUGGUCUUCUCGAUUGAUCAAGAUAGUGCGGCUGGUCCCGAUGGCUUCUCUGCCGCCUUCUACCAGAAAUGUUGGGAGAUCAUCCGGGAGAUGUUUUUGAUGCUCAGUAAGAUCUUCACAAAGCUACUCACCACGCGCCUUAGCCCUCUACUGCCGCAGCUUCUAUCGCCGCAUCAGAGCGGCUUUGUCAAAGGCCGCGCGAUUGCGGACAAUAUCCUGUUAGCGUCGGAGAUGGUCCAUGAUCUUAAUCUGAGAGGAGGCUCGCACAAUUUAUUGCUGAAAUUGGACCUUAACAAGGCGUACGAUCGGGUGUCAUGGCGGUUCUUACGGCACGCCCUUUCCAG